AUGGCACUGAGUGAACGCGAAACAUAUUAUCAACAACAAAUAAAAGAAUAUCAAGCUAAUAUUGAUCGAGCUACUCAGGAAGCACAAAAAAUUCGAGCUGAAUUAAAACAACUACAAGAAGAAAAUGGUUUAAAAGAAAAGAAUACUAAAUCUUUAAUUGAUGAAUUAAAAGAAAAUUAUGAAAAAGUUCAAGAUGAAUUAAAGGAAUUAAACGAACGAGAAUAUACAGCAAAAAUGACUUUGAGUCAACGUGAAUCAUAUUAUGAAGGACAAAUAAAAGAAUAUGAAAAUAAUUUAAAUCAAGCAAUGCAUGAAACUCAAAAUAUUCAAAAUGAAUUGGUUAAAUUAGAAGAAGAAAAAAAAAUGCAUGACAAUAAGUCUAAUAAUACUAUUAAUUCAUUAAAACAAGAUUAUGAAAAACAAUAUGAAAUCUUAAAAAGUCAAUUAGCUGAAUUACAACAUAAAGAUCAUACAAGUAAUAUUAUCUUAAACGAACGUAUUGGUCAUUAUGAAAUACAAAUAAAAGAAUAUCAAAUUAAAAUAGAUCAGCAUAUUCGUGAAAUAGAAACUCUUCAAACUGAACUAACAGAUUUACAACAAGAAAAAGCACAUGAGGAAAACCAAUUCAAUGAUAUGAUUAAUAAAUUACAACACGAUUAUGAUACUCUUACGUUUGAAUUACAAGAACGAGACCAGACACAAAACGUGAUAAUAAACGAACGUGAAGCUCUUCAUCAAUUCCAAAUGAAAGAAUUUGAAACCAAAAGAGAUCAAUCACUUCUUGAAAUCCAAAAUCUUCAAUCUGAAUUAAUUAAGUUACGAGAAGAGAAAACUACCAGCGAAAAUCAAUUCAAGCAAACUAUUAAUACAUUAAAAAAAGAUCAUGAAAGACAAUAUAAAGAACUUCAAACUGAAAUAGAUGAAUUAAAUGAACGAGAGCGUAAAGCACAUAAAACUGUACAUCAACGUGAAGCAGAAUUUGAACAACAAAUAAAAGACUAUCAAGAUAAAAUAGAAGAAGCUAUUCUUGGAACUGACCAUAUUCAAAAUCAAUUAACAGAAUUACUGGAAGAAAAAGCGAAAUUCGAUGAUACAAACAAGUCAUUAAAACAAGAUAUUGAAAGACUUAAAAUUGAAUUACAAGAUGGAGAUCACACUCAUAAUAUGACACUGAAGGAACGUGAUGCUUUUUAUGAAUUACGAAUAAAAGAAUAUCAAAUUAAGAAAGAUCAGGAUAUUCAUGAAAUAGAAAUUCUUCGAGCUGAAUUAACGAAUUUACAAGAAGAAAAAGUGUUUCAUGAAAAACAAUUAAAUGAUACAAUUAUUAAAUUAAAACACGAUUAUGAAACUCUUAAACUUGAAUUACAAGAUCAAGAUCAAACACAAAACAUGGCAACAAAUGAAAGUGAAGAUUAUUAUCAAUCCCAAAUAAAAGAAUAUCAAACGCAGAGAGAUCAAUCACUUCUUGAAAUACAAGAUCUUCAAUCUGAAUUAACUAAAUUACGAGAAGAAAAAAUUACUAUCGAAAAUGAAUUCAAUGAAACUGUUAAUACAUUAAAACAAGAUCAUGAAAGACAAUGUAAAGAAUUUCAAACUGAAAUAGAUGAAUUAAAUGAACGAGAACAUACAGCACAUAAGAUUUUACAUCAACGCGAAGCAGAAUUUGAACAACAAAUAAAAGACUAUCCAGUUAAAUUAGAAGAAGCUCUUCUUGAAACUCAACAUAUUCAAAAUCAAUUAGCAAAAUUACUAGAAGAAAAAUCAAAAUUCGAUGAUGCAAACAAGUCAUUAAAACAAGAUAUUGAAAGAUUAGAAACUGAAUUACAAGAUCGAGAUCGCAUACAAAAUAUGGCUAUAAACGAACGUGAUGCUCACUAUCAAUCACAAAUAAAAGAAUAUCAAAACAAGAUAGAUGAAUCACUUCUUGAAAUGCAAAAAGUGCAAUCUGAAGUAACUAAAUUACGAGAAGAAAAAACUACCAUUGAAAAUCAAUUUAACGAAACUAUCAAUACUUUAAAACAUGAUGAUGAAGAACUUUCAAAUAAACUAAACGAAAGAGAAAAUAUGAUUCUUAAUGAACUUGAAUCGCAAUAUAAACAACAGAUUGAUGAAUAUCAAAAGAAUUUAGAACUUUCUCUAAAUGAAAUUCAAAAUAUUAAAUCUGAAUUAGCAAAUCUACAAGAAGAAAAAGAAUCUAAUGACAAAAUAUUAAAUAAUUUAAUUAUGUCACUGCAACAAGAUUUUGAAAAACAAACUGAAAUUCUCAAAACGCAAAAUAUCGAAUUACAACGAUAUCAUGAUACAAAAAAUAAUGAAUUGAAUGAAACGGAACAACAAAUCAAGGAAUAUGAAUUGAAAUUCGAUCAAUUAAAUAAAAAUAUUGAAGAACUACAACAACAAAAUGAAGGUAAAAUUGAACAAAUAAAUCAACUAAAAACGGAACUUGAUCAACAACAUCAAGAAAUUAAAGAAAUAACCAAUAUCAAACAACAAUAUGAACAAACACAAAAUGAUCUUAAUCAACGUAUGGAAAAUUUAACGCAAAUAAAUGAAAAACUUAAACAAGAGCGUGAAGAUUUUAUAAAUCAAAAUGAACAGCAAUUGACAAACCAAGAUAGUGACGAAACGACAGAAAAACACGUUUCGGAUAACCUAUUAACGAAACAAUUAAAUGAUCUACAGCUAAUGUAUGAUGAUCUUCUUCAAAAACAAGCUAAUCUUGAACAAAAAUAUGCAGAAGAUAAACAAGCUCAGGAACAACUUAUGAAAGAAAGAAUUGCUGAAUAUGAAACGAAAAUUAUAUUAAAACAAAACGAAUUUAUGGUUGAAAUGGAGAAUACUAAGCUCGAUCAUGAACAAGAACUACUUCGAUUAAAAGCUGAACUUCACCAAGCAACUUCAACCAAUGAUACAAAAAAUAAUGAAUUGAAUGAAACAGAACAACAAAUAAAGGAAUAUGAAUCGAAAUUCGAUCAAUUAAAUAAAAAUAUUGAAGAACUACAACAGCAAAAUGAAAAUAAAAUGGAACAAAUAAAUCAACUAGAAACGAAACUUGAUCAACAACAUCAAGAAAUGAAAGAACUAGUCAAUAUCAAACAACAAUAUGAACAAACACAAAAUAAACUUAUUCAGCAAACGGAAAAUUUAAUGCAAAUAAAUGAAAAACUUAAACAAGAGCUUGAUGAUUUUAAAAAACAAAAUGAACAACAAUUCAAAAAUCAAGAUAGUAAUGGAAUGAUAGAAAAACAAGUUUCAAAUGAUCAAUCAACGAAACAAUUAAAUGAUCUACAGCUAAUGUAUGAUGAUCUUCUUCAAAAACAAGCCAAUCUUGAACAAAAAUAUGCAGAAGAUAAACAAGCUCAGGAAAAGCUUAUGACAGAAAAAAUUGCUGAAUAUGAAACGAGAAUUAUCUUAACAAAAAAUGAAUUUAUGGUUGAAAUGGAGACUGCUAAACUCGAUCAUGAAUAUGAACUACUUCGAUUAAAAACUGAACUUCUCCAAGCAACUUCAACCAAGAGAAAAAAAUGA